AGAACGAUUCGCUCACGGAUCGGACAUCGGGCAGAAUUCAGGAGCUCCACCACAAGCGUGUCCUUACGCCACAGGAAUGAAGCAAAUCAAACGGACGCGUAGCACACAGUUAUUCUGCAUAACUUAAUGGUUCAUUAUCUAAAUCCACGUCUUUUUUUUCGUUUCUCAUAGACUCAACAGGGAAAGUUUUAUAUCUGUGGAGGAAUACCUGCCAACGAACAGAACGCAUCAUCCGCACACAGUCACACCUUCUCCUCAGUAUUUGAGUGCGUUGAGGAGAUCGGAUUUGCCUUCGGACUGCAUUUUCUUAUUUGUUCAUUUUUUGGGGUGAGGGACAACUCCCUUAAAGAUUCCAGAGAAUGGUAAAUGAUCGAUGGAAAAUCAUGAACAGUGUUUCAGAACUCGAGGAUGGACAGCAGCAUAAAUCGCAGAGGAUGAGCUGUAGCUACCUCCUAUGCACCAUCCUGCUCUUUGUUGCUGUGUUACUGGCUGUCACAGUAACCGGGAUCAUCCUUCUGAUGAACCAUUACCAAGCGCCCGGUGGCCCCGACGGCCCCCCUCUCAUCAGCACUAACCAGGAUGAGGGUAAUGCCCUGGUAACCAUCGAGAGAGGCGACGGCUCCCGCAUCAACAUCUUCAUUGACCCCAACUGUCCUGACUACAACAAUAACUUCCUGCGUCUGGAAGGCGUGCAGACCUCAUUGCUGCACUCGCUCACCGACCAUGACACUGAUCUGAAGUCAGUGAAAGGGCAAGACCGGGCUUUGCUUGUUAAACUGGCCGAGGAGGUGGCCAAGCUGUCCGCCCAUGCCAGUCAGCUGAAGAUGGAGUACAACGCGCUGAGACAAGGCCAGAGCAACAUCGGACAGGAGCUCAGCACUCUGCAGACCGAACAGGGCCGGCUUAUUCAGCUGCUGUCAGAGAGCCAGAUCAACAUGGUGAAAGUGGUGAACUCUGUGAGUGACGCGCUUAGCUCCAUGCAGAAGGAGACCGGAAACAUCAAGAGCCGUCUCAAGGCAGAUCUGCAGAGGGCUCCGGUACACAGCGUCCGGCCCAAGGGCUGCGCCGGUGGAGAAGGUUCCAGACCCAGGGAUUGCAGUGACAUCUAUGCCAGCGGGCAAAGAGAGGAUGGUAUCUACUCUGUGUUCCCCACACAUUACCCAGAAGGCUUCCAGGUUUUCUGUGACAUGACUACUGAUGGGGGUGGAUGGACGGUGAGUCGCACACUUUCCAGCAUUAUACAUUACGACGAUAGCUCGGAGUGA